AUCCCAAUUUGAUUUGCGUGCUUUGCUUUCCAUCCUGCCCAGCCUUGCCACGUCACUCAUGUACACACACCAAGACAGAGAUAACCCAGCCACUUAUGCAAUGUCGUUCAAUAUAACGAGAGAAGGUCAAGGUCGUGAACCCCCAAAACUUACCCUAACGCAACAGGAGGGGUAAGACAUUGACGAUAAUGCCUUGCCAUCAUUGCUACCAAACUACAUAAUUUGGUAGCUUUCUCUCUUUGUUUUUUAUUUCCAUUGUCUCUCCGGGGUACAGGUUGAAUGACACCACACUGCUGUCUCUAUCUUGCACAACGUCCGUUUGAGCCAACCCUAUUUGAUUAUGCUGCAAUCCUUUGAUUCUGUUGCAACCCCCAUCGGAGAGCAGCCGUAGUAGACCCAUAUUACUGUCAUCAGUCGUCAAAUACACCAACCAACAACCAACCAACAACCUCUUCGAUUGACACAAGAUCUCGACUGAAAUCCAGUUCCUGUAGAUGCUCAAGCGCAGAAACUUGAAGCUACUAUCACAGAACCACCUCACAUCAGCAACUUACUACAAAAGAAGAUGGCUUCAGUUAAUGAAGAAGAGAAAAUGCCAUUCCUAGCAAGUGAAGGUAACUUUGACCAACAAGCAGUGCGUUCUAAAAGGCGCCCAUUUUUGUUAAACAGCAAUGUCAAGUUGCAGAGCAUUAUCCUCGUCCUUCAUUUGCUCUUACUUGUUUCCAACAUAGUCCUUCUCAUCUCCAAUGCCGCAUACCUAAGGACUCAUGGCGACGAUACCCUGGGUAAACCCGUGUCCAAAGAAAUGCUGUCACCCGCGGAGUCGGCUCUACAAUAUAUCACCAUUGAAGAGCAUCAUUACGAACACAGUUCGUCUGUGUACACUGGGGAACCCCGUCUCGAACUUGACCAGGCCUGGUCAGACUUAUUGAGAUCGACAAACAUUAGAGUUACCGAAGAAGAAAUGCUCAAAAUGAACAAAACAUCACUGAAACUACUAGAUGGUAGUGGCUAUGUCGGAUACCUUGAGGCUCUACAUAUGCUGCAUUGCGUGAAAAGAAUCUACCAAUCGUAUCACCCGGAACACUACCCAGAGCAAGUACGAGCCGGUCGUUUGGAUAAAACUCACCUGUAUCAUUGCUUGGAUGUCAUCCGCGAGGGAAUAAUGUGCAAUGCAGACGUGACCAUGAACACGUUUGCCUGGGAGACUCCCCGCAAGGCCAAAGCGGGAAGAGGAGGGCUUCGAAAAUGCACCGACUGGGAUAGCCUUCAGGCGUGGGCCUAUGAUAGAGAAAUCGCGGUGAAUGACAUGGAAACGUUUGUUUCUACAAUGGUAGUGCCAUUUGGCGAGAUUGGAAGCAUUGGCCCAGUGGAGCUACUGUAGAAGACACAGGCUCAGAGGGGUGAACGUGAUGAGAGGCAUUAGAGUAUCUUACGUUUUACACCCUCUUCCAUUCUUCGGUCGUUACGAGUUUGAUACUUACUUACUUAGUAACUGGAACACGCCUCAUUUGACCAAGAGGCAUGACAUUGAAAGGGGCAUGUGUCGCGGCGCCGCCAUCCCAUAAUUUUUCACUUUCUUUUCAACCACCACGCAAGCUACACAACAAUGGCGAAGGUCUUAUCUUAUAAGAGAUGGAACUAGAUAUCCACUGGUUCAAUACCUGGGCCACUAUCUAGUAGGGCCAGUCAGGCAUCAGCAGAAACAGAUUCAAUACACUUACCACACCUUUGACACAGCUUCUUAUUUCCGGCGCCACCACUUGCAAAGACCCAAUAAUUUCUUUUCCAUGUGAGACUACGUCCUCUAUAG